AUGUUAUCAGGGAACACAGAAGAAAAUGCGAAUACUGUGAUAUUAUAUAUUAAAUAUAAGGAUGAAUUUGAUAAUAGAGCUCUAUUAGAUACUCAGAAUAGUAAAGGAACUGGUGGAAAUCCUGCAAAGGAAUGUAUGAAUAUCUCGAAGGAUGAUUUUAUUAUCCCAUGCCAACAGAUUGGUAGAUAUUUAAUUGAAAUAAAACAAUAUCAUAAAUCUUAUCGCCCAAAACGUUGUAAAAACUUGAACUAUAGGAUAAAUUCAGACAGUAAAUACACUGCGCAAGAAGGAUGGUUUAACAAAUAUGCAGAACAUUCCUUAAAAAUAAAUAAUAUAUGCAUACAAGAUAUAAAAAUAAUUCCAAAUGAUUUUUUAGUUAAACGUAAACAACUAUACAGUUAUUAUGAGGAUUAUAAAAAAUACAAAGGUCAAGAAAGUGAUUCUGAUAAUAAAAUUUGCAACAAUAUUAAAAAAUGUUAUAAAUUUUAUAGCGAUAAUUACAAAGAAUGUCAAGGAAAUAACGAAAGCCAUUUUUGUGAGGAUUUAUUCAAUUUUAAGAAAGCAUAAGAUGAUAAAAUGAAUAAUUUCUCUCCAUGCAACGAUUUACCACAAGUAGCAAAAACUUCAGCACACACAUUACCACAUAUAGAAGUAGACUACGUAUUUGUUCCCAGUCUAACAGCAGCUAUCUUUACUCCAUUGAAAUCGUUGAUACAUAGUUGUUUACGAAGGGAUAAAAUAAUAGAAAUUAACAAAUAUCAAGAAACAAGAGGAUCCUUAAAAAACCUACAUGCCGUAGAAAAUAGAAAUUAUACAGGAUGUUUUCAUAACAUAGCUUAUCAUCCUCAUGGAAUCACUUGA